UGUCACUUGUCACCUGUGUUGUGUGUCAAGUGUCAAUUCAAUCUUUUGAUUUUAAAGUUGAAGAUUAUUCGAUUUGGGUUUUUGGUUUUUAUCCAGUUUGUUUUAGUUUGUUAGUUUGAUUUUAUAAAAAGGCCAGAAACAACAGCUAGGAGACAACUUCCAACAAUUUGAAUGAAAAUAUUAUGAUGGAUGCCAACAAUGGAGCUGGAGAUACUAAUGAUGGUUCCAUAGAUAAAACCAAAUUAAUUAUUAAUUACAUACCACCAUAUGCCACUGAAGGUGAACUGUCCCAAAUAUUUUCAACUAUUGGAAAACCGGAAGAUGUUAAAAUUAUGAAAGAUUUUAAGACUGGUUUUAGUUUGGGAUUUGGUUUUGUUAAAUAUGCCACUGAAGAAGAAGCAGCAAAAGCAAUUAAAACUCUAAAUGGAUAUACUAUGAUGGACAAGAGGUUAAAAGUCGCCUACUCACGCCCACCAGGAAAAGGCACGAAAGAUUCAAAUCUUUACAUUACAAAUAUUCCAAAAAAUAUUACUACUGAACAAGAAUUAGAUAACAUAUUUAGUAAAUUUGGCCAAAUUGUACAAAGAACACUGGUAAAAGAUAAAAUUACUGGAAAAGCAAGAGGAAUUGCUUUUGUAAGAUUUGCUAAGAGCGAAGAAGCACAGGCAGCGAUCGCUGGCUUGCAUGGAACAACGUUGGGAGAUUCAAUGGUACCUCUUAAUGUAAGAGUAAACGAAGAUCAUGGAAGACAGAGGGCACAGAAUUUGAAUAUGAGGGAUCCGAUGGGUUUUUAUAGAGAAAUUGAAGAACCAUUUACGUUUGGAGACGAAGGUCCUGACUUAGAAGAACUUCUUAUUGCUGAAGUUUUACCUAGAAGACCUCUCUGGGACUUAUCAAUUCACUCGACCAAAAUGGAGAUUGAAAAUCUGUGGGAGCAGAUCUAUCGUGUAUUUAAGAAAAAAUAUUCGAUAAGUUUUCUUACUAAUAUGUGGUUUAAUCUUAGAGAAAACUAUAUAAAAGAGAGGAGAUCGUUUUCGUAUUACCAUCAAAUGAAAUUUUUGGAUGGGUUUGAAACUGUUGCCCUAUGUGGAUCUAGUCGAAGAGAUAUAGGCAGUGUUAAAAAAAAGUUAAAAACUGAUAACAAUGCAUCUUCAACUGACGGCGUUGAUGAUUUUUUGCAGCUGUUGGGAGAAGGUUUACGUAAAUUGCCCGCUGGAAAGAGAACUAAGUUACAGUUUAGAAUUGUAGAAUUACUUAAAGAUGAGGAAUCGGAUACAUCAGAUUAGGUUUUUAACAUGCCUGUCUAUCAUCGUCAUUCUUCCUUUAAACCCUAGGAGGGCCUAGCUUCAUUAAUAAUUUUCAUCCAGUCUUCGUUAUCCGUAGUGUUUCUCCGCCAACUACGUACUUACCAUAUUUUUUGCUGGACCAUUUUACUUCAUCCGCAUUACAUGGUCCCUUUCCGAGAAUUUAAAAAAAUGUAAAUUUAAAUAUUGGCAGUUCAAAUUAAUGUUUUUAGUUUAUCUCUUAUUCUGGCCUGAGAAUGGGACAAAACCUGUAAGUCCCGAAACCUAUAGCAACCCACACAAGUCAGUCAUUAACCAGAUAGACUCUCGGAGGUCUAAACAGAUACAAGAAAAAAAGAGAAAGACUACGACCAAUAGUAGAGUCUAAAUUUCAGGGAAUUGUUAAGGUUUAAAAUCGCAUCAGAAGAUGAGACUCUUUUAACACGUUGGCUGCGUUUAGAGAUAUUUAUAAACUUAUGUUAGGUGCGUUACGAGGCGUAUCAUAGAUGUCCCGUAUACCUAGUGUGACCAACUAGCCCGAAAAAUCCGGGACAUGGCCCGAAUUAUGAAGUCGUGUCCCGGCGUCCCGCACAAGGCUUCCGGGCCAUCCGAAUUUUCAACGUUUUGGUAAAAUUCUAUUUUGAAAUUUUGAAUGUUAUUCUUCUAAGAAAUCAUAUCAAAUUGAAUUGGUGCGACGAAAAAAAGUUGAAAAUUUCUAGAGUGUAAUACUAAUACCACAUCCAAAACGCAUGCAUUUUAUAUCGUGGUAUUAUCUUCUUCUUCUUCAACUGCCAUCUCUGGUCUGCCAUUCUCUCAGGUUGCGCAGUAACGAUAUUCUGCGUCUCCCUAUGCUUCUUUUUCCUUGAAUCUUUCCCUGCAUAAUGAGUUGGAGCAAGUUGUAUCUCUCUCCACGUGUAAUAUGUACGAGAUAUUCAAAUUUUCUCUUUUUGAUUGUAUUUAAAACUUCCAUUUCUUUAUUCAUCUUUCUCAGAACCUCUUCGUUUGUGACGUGUUCUGUCCAUGAUAUUUUUAGACUUCUUCUAUACACCCACAACUCCAGUUUUUUCAUUGAUGCCGCAUUCAAGCUUCUAUUUAGCUCUAGCCUUUUCUACUCUAAUUUUAAUUUCCUGGAAGUAAUCAUUUGUGGAGUUGAUCAUUGUUCCAAGAUAUGCAUAUUGGUCUAUGCGUUCAACAUUGGUUCCGUUCAUGAGGAGAUUCUCGUUAUUUCUUUGCAUUUUAGAUAUUCUCAUAAAUUUUGUCUUCUUGAUGUUCAUUGUUACAUCGUAUUCUUGAAAAAAAAACCGUCAGUGGUAUUAUACUACUACCAAAACUAAAACUGUGGACAAACCAAUUGUAACAUAAUCCCAUCAAAAAUAUUAUUGUCAACAUAAAAAUGUUAAAUAAUCAAUAAAAGAUAGUAUUAAAGUUCUAUAUUUAAAAAAGAUGGCCCGAUUUUCAUGGCAAAGUCCCGGAUUUCAGGUAUUUUUUUCUGCCUUGUCCCGAAUUCGACUGAAUUGGAGUUGGUCACACUACGUAUACCCCACUUACCACCGUGCGUUACGACACAGUCGACGCAGCCAACCGUUAGUGACGUACGAGGUCUAUUUAUCCCGUAACGCAGCCAAGGUGUUAAACAACACCACCUCUCCACAGCAUCUUCCGAGGCAACAUACACGUCUUGUGGUAAAGAAAUAAUUGAACAAAUAAUGAAUCAGGUUCAAAGUUCAAAUUAUUACUCUGCAUAUUUGACGAAACGACCGACGUAUCCCACGUGGAACAGUUUUCUCUAAAGAGAUACAAACACAAUAACAAUAUUCCUGAAGACAUUGUAAGUUCAUUGAAGCUUAUGAGAACUUAAAAAUACUUAAUGAAAAUCAAGAAAGAGGGGAAAAACAACGUCUGACAGGAAGAGCCUUUGGAUAAAUAGUAUUAUGUUUGAGAGAACUGCAGAUCCGAAGAAAUGUGUAGGAAUCGGUACUGACUUUAAUAAUAUUUUAAUAACGAUAAAUUUUGAAUGUAUAUGGCACUCAAAAGUGUGUGAAAAGUGCCUGAAAACUCACCAUUUUAACCCUAAUUUUUAAAAAUUCUACCGAAAAUUCUGCCAAUUCUGCCAUUCUUUUAAAAAUCCUGCUCUUCCCCCAGCCUCCCGUACCCCAAAAAGCCCAUGCUCUUCCUCCCGAAAAUCGGUCCUGGAUCCGCCCUUGUGUGCUAGCCACCUCAGACGACAUAUUGUAAUGUGGUUGGUGAUACCUGGAUCCUGAUAUACCCGGUACAGUUCCACACACCAACUACUGCGGCAGAUUCGUGCAAAUAUUAUAAGAAUUGUGCAUUUAAUGAUAGAAGCAUAUAAUUUGGACCACAUAUACUACACAUAUAAAGGUUCAAAUUUAGAUACGAGGGCCAUGUCAGAUUUUACCUUUUACAAGAAUGGCGGGCAUUCAAAAUGGCGACGAUACAUAUGUGACUAAUAGCACAAUAACUUUUGAACGAAAAGUCCGACUUCAACCAAAUUUGCUAUAUAUGGAUUCUUUUUUUGGUAUAUAAGAUGGAGCUCUUGAACCGGAAGAAUCGGUUUACCAGAAGUUGUGUUUUUCCUGAUUUUUUAUGUAAAAGUAAUGUUAUUUUUUCAAUUCUUUCACCUUGUAUACAGGGUGUCCAGAAACUUUACCGACAAACGAUGACAGGAGAUUCCUCAGAUAAUUUUAAGACAAUUUAACCCAAUUCACCUAGUCCGAAAAUGCUUCUUAAGGGAGCUAGAGCUCUUUGAAGAUGGCGUCAUGAAAUUAGUUUUUCUUAAAUACCUCCAGAACGCUUAGAUUUAGAAAAACGAAAAUUGGUAUGCAUAUUUAGUUUUCAGAGAUGAAUCGAUUCCAUCUAUCGCAAAAUUCUAGUACCGGUUAUGGGCGUCCGUUUUGGGUAGAGCAACGGGUAUUUUAACGCAUAACUUUUUUGUUCUUAACUUUUAUGCAUUUUUGACACCGUAUUAUUAAAUUGUGAGGUAUUCUAGUACUAAAAGGUACUCUUGCUUUAAGUCGGUAGGACACACCGUUUUCUAGAAAAAUCGAUUUGAAAUUUUUCAUUUUUGGAAUUUGAAAAAAAAAUGAAAAGAACUUUUCAACAAAAAACGAAGUAUUUUACCAACAUAAAGUAAGAGUAACUUUUAGUACUCGAAUACCUCAUAAUUUAAUAAUCUAGUGUCAAAAAUGCUCAAAAAUUCAAGAUAAAAAAGUUAUGCUAUAAAAUAACUGUUGACUUACCCAAAACGGACGCCUAUGACCAGUACUAGAAAUUCGCAAUUAAUGAAAUCGAUUUAUCUCUGGAAUAUAAAUAAAUGUACCAGUUUUGGUCUUUCUAAACAGUUUUUUUUUUGAAAAAAAAUUUUUUAAUUCAAAGAGCGAAAAAUUUUCAAAUCGAUUUUUCGAGAAAACGGUGUGUCCUACAGAUUUAAAACAAGAGUACCUUUUAGUACUAGAAUACUCCAUAAUUUAAUAAUCCAGUGUCAGAAAUGCAUAAAAGUUAAAGAUAAAAAAGUUAUGUGAUAAAAUAACCGUUGCCCUACCCAAAACGGACGCCUAUGAUCGCUACUAGAAAUUUGUAAUGGAUGGAUUAGAUUUAUAUCUUGAAGAUAAAUACGCGUACCAACUUUUGUUUUUCUAAAUGGAAGCGUUCUGGAGGUAUUUAAGAAAAACUAAUUACAAGACGCCAUCUUCAAAGAGCUCUAGCUCCCUUAGGAAGCAUUUUCGAACUAAGUGAAUUGGGUUAAAUUAACUUAAAAUUAUCUGAAGAAUCUCCUGUCUUCGUUUGUCGGUAGAGUUUCUGGACACCCUGUAUAUUAAUUUUUCAAAAAGGUAAUACCGGCAUUGAAAAGAGCGUAAAAAUAUUUUUUAGGAAAUAUUUUGAACUUUUUAGUUAUGUUAAUUAACAUUUAAUAAAUGAAUAACAUCUUCACAUGUACCUAUGUGCGGCAGACUCGUGCAAAUAUUAUAAGAAUUAUUGUGCAUUUAAUGGUAUAUAAUUUGGACCACAUAUACUACACAUACAAAUGUUCAAAUUUAGAUAUAAGGCCAUCUCAGAUUUUGCCUUUUACAAAAAUGGCGGGCAUUCAAAAUGGCCACGAUAACUUUUGAACGAAAACUCGGAUGUCAACCAAAUUUGGUAUAUAGGUUAUUUUUUUAAUGUUUAAGUUCGAGGUCUUAAACCAGAAGAAUCGGUUUACCAGAAAUUGUGUUUUUCCUGAUUUUUAAUGUAAAAAUAUGUUGUUUAUUUUUUCAGUUCUUUCACCUUGUAUAUAUUAAUUUUUAAAAAGGUAAUACCGGCGUUAAAAAGAGCGUAAAAAUAUUUUUUAAGAAAUAUUUUGAACUCUUUAGUUAUAUUAAUUACUAAUUAAUAAAUGCAUAACGUAUCUUCACAUGUACCUAUGAACCUAUGCGGCAGAUUCGUGCAAAUAGUAUAAGAAUUAUUGUGCAUUUAAUGGUAGAAGCAUAUAAUUUAGACCACACAUACUACACAUCCAAAGGUUCAAAUUUAGAUAUGAGGCCAUCUCAGAUUUUGUCUUUUACAAAAAUGGCGGCAUUCAAAAUAAAUCUGCCGCACAUAGUACAUGUGAAGAUACUUUAUACAUUUAUUAAAUGGUAAUUAACAUAACUAAAAAGUUCAAAAUAUUUCCUAAAAAAUAUGUUUACGGUCUUUUCAAUGCCGGUUUUACGUUUUUGAAAAAAUAAUAUAUACAGGGUGAAAGAAGUGAAAAAACAAGCAACAUAUUUUUACAAAAAAAAAACAGUAAAAACACAACUUCAGGUAAACCUAUUCUUCCGGUUCAAGACCUCGAUCUUAGUCAUCAAACAUUGAUGCCAAAUUUGGCUGAAAUCGGACUUUUCGUUCAAAAGUUAUCGUGCUGUUAGUCACAUAUAAGUUUAGUCGCCAUUUUGAAUGCCCUCAAUUUUUGUAAAAGGCAAAAUCUGAGAUUGCCUUAUAUCUAAAUUUGAACCUUUAUAUAUGUAGUAUAUGUGGUUCAAGUUAUAUGCUUCUACCAGUAAAUGCAAUGCACAAUAAUUCUUAUAAUAUUUGCACGAAUCUGCCGCACAUAGGUACAUGUGAAGAUACGUUAUGCAUUUAUUAAAUGGUAAUUAACAUAAUUAAAAAAUUCAAAAUAUUUCCUAAAAAAUAUUUUUACGGUCUUUUCAAUGGCGGUAUUAACUUUAUGAAAAACUAAUAUAUACAGGAUGAAAGAAUUGAAAAAAAAACAGCAUAUUUUUACAUAAAACCAGGAAAAGCACAACUUUUGGUAAACCGACUCUUCCUGUUCAAGACCUCGAUCUUAUACAUUAAAAAAAAGAACCUAUAUACCAAAUUUGGUUGAAAUCGAACGUCUCGUUCAAAAGUUAUUGUGCUAUUAGCAGUGGCGCACUCAGAGGGAGGUUUUGGGGGUUAAAACCCCUCCCAGGGCAUAUAAAAAAUAUACAAAGAAUAGAAAAUGUAACUUGUCUUUCACAAACACAAUACAAAAAAAUAUGGUGUCCAAGCCAACCCCCCCCAGAGGAAAAUUCUGGGUGCGCCACUGCUAUUAGUCACAUAUGUAUAGUCGCCAUUUUGAAUGCCCGCCAUUUUUGUAAAAGCGAAAAUCUGAGAUGGCCUCAUAUCUAAUUUUAAACCUUUAUAUGUGGUCCAAAUUAUAUGCUUCUAUCAUUAAAUGCACAAUUGUUUUACAUAUCGGCUGCACUAAACACCAUUCACCACUCAGUAAAUUCUCCUCAGUACCUUUCCCUCAAAAUAUCUCAACCUGUUUUCAAAAGGUAUUGCCGUAUGCUGUUGCCAAGUCCUCCUAAAUAUACAAAUUCAUAAUCCAUUAUUGUAAAUAAUUUUUUGUAAACUCAAUUAAGAUUUAAUGAUUAUAUUUUUCAAAAUUG